ACCCGGGAUCUCGUCUUGGAGGCAAUUCUUAAUCUUGGUGUUCGCAAAUCUGCGAAUUGGUUUAAGUCUCGUCUCCGUGACGACGGCGGUCUCGACGAGGUGGCCGAGGCAGUCGGCGCCGCGGUAGAUUACCUUGCCGAUCUAGCACCAACUGGAGCUGAACCUUACCUAGGAUCAUCCAAGCAAAUUCGUCCUCGUCCAUUCAUGAGCUCACUCCGCCUUGGAGCUAACCCCUCUAAUGGCAAUAUCACAUCCAUUUUCUCUACCCCAACCAUCACCAAUGUUACUACGAAUUUAGGAAAGGCAGUUGGCGAGUCUGACAUUAAAGCUUUUGGUUUAGAAGACGACAACAAUCCAACUGGGUUAGAUGAGUUUGCUUUGGAUAAACUUAAGCGCGUUUGUCACUAUACUCGCCUCCUUGAAAAUGUGAGUAUUUUCAUAGUAUUGCCCUGA